CUCGUGUCAUAAAUUCUCUCUGUGGAAUGCAAGAAUUACGCGGAAAAGUUGUUCAACAUGGUGGCGCAAAGGCGCUAUUGCCGCUAUGCUUCGAGGGCACCGAAAAAGAAAAGCGACAAGCGACAGGCCUAUCUCGUAUCGGUAUCACCAUCAACCCAGAAGAGCGUUUCCUGGACAACGCAACUUAGAAGUGAUUCGACCGUUGCUGAACCAAUCUCGAAAAUUUCGAAUCGAUGAUGGCCUUGUGCAAUUUGGCUGCAAUGAAUGAAGCGGUACGUCAACGUAUUUUGAAGGAGGGCGGUUUGCAAAAAGUCGAACUGUACCUAAUGGAAGAUCAUUUGCUGUUGUGCCGUGCUGCCGCCCAAGUUAUAUGCAAUAUGGUCGUGUCCGAAGAUGUGGUGAAAAUCCAUGAAAAGGAAAACGAUCGAGUCAAAUUUUUGGCGUUGCUGUGUCAAGAAGAGGAUGAGGAAAUGGCCAUGGCAGCAGCCGGUGCACUAGCUUGCUUGACAUCGAGCAGUGAGAUUUGUUGCAAAAAAAUGCUAGAAACGGAGUGUUGGCUCGAUAUUCUUCAUACAUUGAUUGCCAAUCUCAGUCCACAAGUUCAGCAUCGUGGUACCGUCAUUUUCUUGAACAUGAUCAACAGUAGCAAUGAAGUUGCCACCAAGAUAUUUGAUACGGACAUUAUGCAGUUGCUGAUGGGCUUAACUCAAUUGCCCGACGAAGCUAGAGCCAAGGCCCGAGAUGUGGCAAAGAUGUGUCUAUUAGCGGCGGAAAAGAAGAAGUUGAUUGCAAAGGCAGAUGAAUUCGAAGAAGUGCCAAAUAUAAUUGAACCGUCCACUAUCGAGAAAAUCGUCGAAUAA